CUGCCUGCGCGCAGCUGGCGACUCCGGCUCUCCCAGGCUGCCGGGCACGAGCUCGGCGCCGCGAGUGCAAGUCUGAGCCGAGCCGUGUUGCUCGCAGCCCCCAGCUCGGGCGGCAGCCGCUCCAACUUCCCCGCCUCGCAAACUUGCCCCGGCUCCUGGCGGGGCGCGGCUGGAGGCAAGAUUAACAGCAAGGAGAACCGGAUAGAGAGGGAAUCUGGAAGAGCUUGGUGCCCAGCCCCAGUGUGAAGGAUAGGAGAUAUCUGUGUGAAUCACACCACUGCCUGGGCAAAGAGGUCAGCCCUCCUGGACACACCAUCGGGGUGCUGAGGAUCCUGACUGAUGCAUGCUUACCUUGACCUGACUUCUGGAAAAGAACAAGUGCUGCUCUCAAAGUUUGCUAGUACUGAGGACAAGCUUGGCUAAUAAAAGAUACAUGGGACACACGCACCAUUAGAGGUCAGAAAAGACACUGAGCUUGAAGCCCCUAGAGCUGCACAGGAAUAAUUGGGUCAAACAGCCUGGAGACCAUGGAGGGGGAUUGUCUGAGCUGCAUGAAGUAUCUGAUGUUUCUUUUCAAUUUCUUCAUAUUUCUGGGAGGGGCCUGCCUUCUAGGAGUUGGGAUCUGGGUUAUUGUGGAUCCAACAGGAUUUCGAGAGAUCGUGGCUGCCAACCCUCUGCUCUUCACGGGAGCAUACAUCAUGCUGGCAAUGGGAGCGAUGCUCUUCCUGCUGGGCUUUCUUGGCUGCUGUGGGGCCAUUCGUGAGAACAAGUGCCUCCUGCUCUUUUUCUUCAUGUUUAUUUUGUUAAUCUUCCUGGCAGAGCUCUCGGCUGCAAUCCUGGCUUUUAUCUUCAGAGAGAACCUGACCAGAGAGUUUUUCACCAAGGAGCUAAAGAAACACUAUCAAGGGAAUAAUGAGACGGAUGUCUUUUCCUCCACUUGGAACUCAGUUAUGAUCACAUUUGGCUGUUGCGGAGUGAAUGGGCCAGAAGAUUUUGAAAUGGCUUCUCAUUUCCAGCACCUACAUUCAGGUGAUGCCGUACCAGAAGCAUGUUGCCGGCGAGCACUCCAGACUCGGGAUGGACCAUUCAUUGGGAAGGAAGACUGUCUCCAAGGACUGGAAAUGUACCAGAACCGACAGGGCUGUUACACUGUGAUCUUGAUCUCCUUUGAGACCUACGUGUACCUUGCAGGAGCUCUUGCCAUUGGAGUGCUGGCCAUUGAGCUCUUUGCCAUGAUCUUUGCAAUGUGUCUGUUUCGAGGGAUCCAGUAGGAGGUGUCCCGUGAACAACUGUGAUGAUCCCAUGGGCUUGGGAGAAAAGAAAAAAGGAGGAGGAGGAAACAAGAAAAAAAAACUUUAUUUUUUUUAACAAUAUUGGGGGAAAAAAGGGUUGUGUAAUAUAUGAAUGACCAAAAGGAUUGUACUUCAGGGGCUGGAACUUUGAGGUGCUGUGCAUUACACUACAGAGACCAACCUUCUCCCAGGGCAGCCUGCACUGCUGUUGAUCAGGAGCAAAGCACAACUGAUUGCACUAGGGACUGAAGAACCCUGCAGGGAGGUUGGGAAGGGAAAUAACAUGGUGCCCCCUCAGUGCAGAAAAAUGCCUAGUGUUCACACCUGUAUCAUUUAUGUAGUAAAGGAAGAGAAUAGCCAAGUGCAACACAGUGGCUAGAUUCAACACACACAGGAGCAGGUCAGCCAAAAUCACAUGGGUGUAAAGGUCAGGAAGGUUUUGGACAAGCAGGUAAAAAGGGUUUUUAGUACCAGAAAACUGUGGCAGCUUCUUACUUGCUGAUUUCAAAUUUGGACUGCAGUUCACCAAUGAGGAAAUGGAAGUGUGUGUUUACUAAAGGAGAGUCAGCCCAUUUCUCUUGACACCUCCAGAAGAAGCAGGCCGCCUUGGACUGCUGGGCCUGGGACAUGCCUCCCCCUCGAGUUCCCAGCAUGGGGGAGGAGAGUACUUGGUUGGAAGUGCCCAUGUGGAUCUGAGUGGGCUGAGAUGUAGUCAGAAGUUCGGUUCAUAUCUUUCCUUGUUUCUCUGUCAUGUUGGUUGCCUGUUCAGCAUUUAAUAAGAGAAGUGUGAGCAGUUCCCAGUUUCAUCUCCGCUCCUCUUCAAAAAUGAUUACGAAUUAGUCUGCACAAGGAAAGCUUACACUGCCACCCUCAGGAGAGCAGGAAUAUUGUUUCUCCUCAGAAUCCUUGCUGCUUCUCAUACAUUGAAGAAUAGUUUGUAGUGCUUAUCUGCAUUGAGUCCCAGUGUCUUCCAGCCGUGCGAGGAAUUCCCAGACAUGGCGCUGGUAGCAAAGUGGACUAUUUGCAGUUGUCUCCCAUUCUGUUUGUCACUGUAAGCCUUGCGGCUUCAUUUCUGCUCUGAAAAUUGCCCCACAACUCUUCCCAUCAGACUAAGAAGAGUGAUCAGGAGUCCUGAAUUUUGCUGCCUGUGUUUGGUAUCCCUGAAAUGCAAUUUUUGUCCUGACUUUGUAAAUAUGGGUGGCAUUGCAUUUUAACAAAGCAUAUACAGUGAAUUUAACCUUCAUCCAUUAUGACAGGACAUGAUUUUUUUGUGAUAUAGUUUGUCCAAUAAAAGACAUAGUUGGCAGAGAUUUUGGGCAAGCUUUCAGGGACAAAAUACCCUUCUUCAGGCCUUUCCUGAAAGUUUGUUCAACAUCUUUCCCAAUUAUACAGUUGGUCCAGUAAAAUAACAAAAAAAAACCUUGAAAAAACUGUGCUAAGAUGGCAGACUGCUCCAUGUGGACGAAUAAGCUCUGCCUCCUGACAUGACUGAUUAGCCUGCCCAUAGCACCAUGCUACUUAGCAGCUAAAUGACUUCUGGCUCUGGCUAGGCUAAUUCCACUCAUGGGCUUCAGACUGAUGGAGUGCCCUCAAUUUUGGUUGCCAGAGGUUGGGUGCCUUCUUGAAGUACCACUUUGACAUUUAAAUUAUCUCGUGCAUUUAGUCCUUUAACAAGCAUUCUUGUUAAAGGACCUGGAUCCUAGGGUACAAAGAACAGAAAUGAAGCUCCAAGCCAGACAGUAUUUAGAGUGAUAGAAGUGGGUCUAUUCUAUAGCAGGGGUUCUGUUCUCACACUUGAGCGAUUACGUCAGGAUGAAGCAAACCCAUUAAAAGAUUAUCAGGCCUGAGCACUGCUAGACCAAGAACCCUGCCCUAAAAUGCACCAAGAAUUAGGUUGCUGAUGGAUGAGGAAAGCACAUCACAACCUCACAAAUAGCUUUGCUGAUGACUAUGGAAAUAUUUCCCUGAAUGAAGAGAGACGAAUCUAUUCACUCCAGAAAGAAGGGCACAGUCAUGAAGAAAGCCAGACACCACUCACAAAUGAAGUCAGCAGUGAGGAGAUGAUAAAGUUAUGAUAAGGCCUGUUAAUCACUGAGCAGUCUUAGAUGCUGUGUUAAAGCUCCCUCAAAUGGGUUCCUAGAUGGUCUCUCCACAGGAACUGUUUUUAGUAGUGCAUGAAAUUCUGCCCAACUAUACUAUGAAGGAAAACAGCUCUGCUAGGCAGAGACAAUGCCUGCCCCUCUUUGGAAGUCUCUGUAAUUUGUACCUAAAAUGCCAAAAAUUGGCUGCACUUAAAGAAAACUCCUAUGCUAAACUAUCCUGAGUCAUCAGCCAGCCGUGGCUUGCUGAGGGGCAAUGGAGACUGAUCUUUGGAAUGGGAAUAAACCACAAGAGUAGGAGAAGCCAUCUAAUUGAUGUGCCUCUCAUGGUACAGGGCA